ACGGAAUUGCGUCAUAACAAUUUGACCUUGUUUUCUUCUUCUCUUGUUCUGACAGCGGAGAGAUCAGCAUGGCGAACAAGGAUCCCGGCGGUUUCCUGCAGCAGCUGCGGCAGAUCGCAGGCAGGAUGUCGUCCGGACCGCGGGGCGCAGGAGUCGGCCUUAAGCUGCUGAUCGGAGCCGGAGCUCUGGCUUACGGAGUCAAGGAGGCCAUGUACACAGUUGAAGGAGGACACAGGGCCAUCAUCUUCAGCAGGAUUGGCGGCGUUCAGAUGGACACGGUGCUCGCUGAGGGACUCCACUUCAGGAUCCCCUGGUUCCAGUACCCCGUCAUCUACGACAUCCGGGCCCGACCCAGAAAGAUUUCCUCUCUCACUGGAAGCAAAGACCUGCAGAUGGUGAACCUGACACUCCGGGUUCUGUCCCGUCCGCUGGCGUCCAACCUGCCCAUCCUGUACCAGCAGCUGGGUCAGGACUACGACGAACGCGUGCUGCCCUCCAUCGUCAACGAGGUCCUUAAGAGCGUGGUGGCCAAGUUCAACGCCUCGCAGCUCAUCACGCAGAGAGCACAGGUCUCGUUGCUGAUCCGCAGAGAACUGUUUGAGCGAGCUAAAGACUUCAACAUCAUCCUGGACGACGUGGCCAUCACCGAGCUCAGCUUCAGCCGGGAGUACACGGCUGCCGUGGAGGCCAAGCAAGUGGCCCAGCAGGAGGCGCAGCGCGCUCAGUUCUAUGUGGAGAAGGCCAAGCAGGAGCAGAGGCAGAAGAUCAUCCAGGCUGAAGGAGAGGCUGAGGCUGCCAAGAUGCUGGGUCAGGCCGUCACCAAGAACCCGGGUUACCUGAAGCUGAGGAAGAUCCGCGCGGCGCAGAACAUCGCGAAAACGGUGGCGCAGUCCCAAAACAAAGUGUACCUGAAUGCUGACAGCCUGGUGUUGAACCUGCAGGACAAGGAAGGCUUCACUUUGAUGCUUUAAAAGUGAGCCCCCACUCCUUCAUGUAAAGUCAUUCCUGCAGUUUUCCUCCUUCACUCAUGUCCCGGUCUUCAGGUCCACCCCCCACCAUCACUGGGUUCCUCCACCAUCUCUGAAGAGCUGACUCCUGCUCUAGCCGUCCACUCUAACCCCACAGGAGGACUGACUCUGAUCCCCAAACAGCAGCUCUGAUCCAUGCCCUUCAAAAUAAAGUUCACGUCUGUUCAUAAACUGGAUUUAUCAUCACCCUGAAGAUGCUCGGAGACCAUGUAACAUAAACCUCAGAGACCAUCCAGGGGGUUACUCCCAACUGACUCCUCACAGCAGCAGCUUUCAAGGGGCGGAGCCACGUGGGAGCGUGGCGGUCCCCAUGGAAGCAGCCAUACUCAUCCAAACAGGCUUAGUUUUCUCAUAUCCAUCACAAGUAUUCGCCCUCCGUCGUAUAUUUUCUGCGGCUGGAUCUCAGUAAGGAGAGUUCUGCAACUGAGAGCGGACAUUUUUCUGUUUGGAGUUCAAAUACGUUUAGCUCAAAGUAAACAGGGUUAGUUUAGGAGCAUUGAUGUUAAUAAAGUACUUCAAAUAACAUUUUAAAAUAUGUCGUUUCUGUUCAAGAAAAUAUAAAUCUGAAAUCAUUCAUUGUGGUGUCUUCAUCAUAGUUACACCUCUGAGCUCGUUGAAGGAAUUGAACUGUAACAGUUUAUUUACUGAUUGAAAAUGUCUGUACUCAUCUCAUUUUAUUGGAUCAAUAAUAAGUGGAGACAACA